AUGGUGUGCCUACAGCAGAGACUUAAGACAGAAAACUAUUCACAGGAGUUAUUACUGAGUGUUGAUGGUGAUGUGGCCCCUGUUCUCAUGAAUCCUCUCUCGCAGUCGCACUCCAUUUCUCUGUCAGAAGAAAUAUGCCGUACCAUAUCAGAAAUGAAUGCAGACCAUGUGAUGGUCACACAGGAAAUUUUAAAAGAGCAGUUAGUGAAAAAUUAUCCAGGCAUUGCAGUUCCCUCCCACAAUAUCUUAUAUAAUAUCCUUGGUGCUCUAAUUAAAGAAAGAAAAAUCUGUCAUACAGGAGAAGGAUACUUCAUUGUGACUCCCAACACAAUAUUUAUAGCAAAUGAUGCCACAGAAGAUACUAGCAGGGUCCCGUUGGAGGACAGUUGUUGCUGUUCACCAUCUUCCAUCACUUACCUGGUAAACAUUGAGUGCUGUACAGACCUAGUGGGAGAAAACUUCCCUACAGUGUCUUGUUGCAGAUCCUGCCAUUGUUUCCCUGACCAGAAUACGCUCUGUGAACAAAGACAUCGGCAGCUAAUGAGCUAUGAACCUAAUGGAAGAGGUAAGAAAGGUUGCAGUGAUCCUACUCAAAGGAUCUCUGCAUCUGCUGAAAAUCAUUCCUGGGAUACCAUAAAAUCCCUGACAUCUGUGAAAGAGAAACUGAGAAGCAAACGGUUUGGCCUUGGCCUUUUCUGGAGAAAUGCUUCGAAAAAAGAAAAACAUAAGGAGAAGUAUUCUACUUGUUCGGGCCAGUUUCCUCCCAAGGAGUGGCCAGUCAGGGAUGAAGAUGACUUAGACAACAUUCCACGUCAUAUUGAACAUGAAAUCAUCAAGCGUAUUAACCCUGCUCUUACAGUUGAUAAUUUGAUUAAGCACACAAUACUAAUGCAGAAGUUUGAGGAGCAGAAAAAAUAUGCUAGUAAGGGUAUAUUGGCUGAAGUUUCAACAGUGAGGCAAAACCAUUUUUCAAAGGAUUGUGUUCAAAAGACACAAAGUAGAACAGUAAAAUACACCAGGAAAACCAAAUCGAACAAAAAGAAGCAGAUUUGCAAAAGCAACAGGAAAUCUCAUGUACAUGAGCUAACAUCCCAAAAUGAGAAACCGGAAGAAAACCUUUCACUGCAUAUCAGAAACCGACAGCCAUCUGACGGAGCAACGGAAUCCCAUGUCAUAUACAAAAAACAAAUUAAGAACCCUUUUCAGGGGCUGUCAUUGAGACACAACUUUUAUGCGAAAGGGUACAAAGUUACUAUUAACAGUCAUCUGAAGUCCAGGACUCAAAAGCAAGAAAGGGCUUUACAGAGGCCAGGGUCCUCAGACGCCUCAAAAACCUUUGAAUAUGAAACUGAACAGCUGGCUACUGAAAAGCAGGCUGACAAAGCAAAGCAAAACAAACUACUCCAGGCUAAAAGGUCUUCUCUCCAACUAAAGAAAGGUAGUUUAAAUGAAAACUUUAGUUAUCCACAUGGCAGUACUUUGCAAAUAGAUAAUAAAUGCAAAUAUUUUCUGGAGAACAGUAUUUCUGAAGAAAACAUCUACAGAAGAACAGUCAAAAAAAAUCCUGGGGAUAUUAAAAAAUCCCCUUAUUUCUCCUACACUGGAGAUGAUGGUGUGUGCAAAGAAGAUGCAAAAUGGUCGUUAAAUCUGAAAGGUGAGUAUCACAGGUGCAAAGCUGACACUGUAUGUGAGUUAAUAGAUCAAACAGCAAAUGAAUUUCAAAAUGUCCGUCUUUCAAAUUAUACAGCCAAUGUUAACCUGGUGAAAAAAAUUCCUGUGAAAUACAAACAAAACACUGACGAAAAGAGUGAACUUAUAUUUAAACAUGACUGUGCCAACCAUUCUGGAUCAGUGAAGCUGGAAAGUGAAGGAUUUACUGAUACCUGCCAAAAAGCACAUGAUGGUGACACCUCUAACUCAUUACAUCUGGAUGGCAAUUUUGAAUGCAACAAACCAUGUCACCCACUGUCUGGCCAUGCUUUUUCAGAUACAAGAGACUGGAGUAAGGCUGUGCAAAAGCUGGGGACAGCUAUGUCCCUAAAAAACUGUAAGGUUAAUACUUAUCCCACCCAGUACAGCACAACUGUAAAUAAACUUGACUCUGGAGCGCAUGGAUAUAAGGAAAGUGCUAGUUUUGCAGGAUCAACAGAUGGCUCAAAAGAGCAUCCAAAACCAGAUUUCACAGAAGGAAGUUGUUUGUGCAGUCAGGUUCUUCCAAUAGGUCACAGAAAGGAAGAAAAAACUGGCCUUACUGAAUGUGCGAAGGCUUCAGCUGCAGCAGAUCUCUGCCCCACGAAGGCUGACUUGGAUGCUGACACUUUGCAGAACUUCACCUAUGAGAUGGGCGAAGUAGUGUCAUGCUGUGCUUGGGGCUCACAGAUGAAAGAAAUGAGAAACCCUCUGGGAAAAAAAGAUCUGUUCUUUAAGAAUGCAUGUACUGUGAUACCAGGCCAGAAACACUCAGAAGGGACAGAAAACCACAGCUUUACAGGAGACAGUGGAAUCGACUCUCCAAA